CCGGAAUUCGUACUCGCAAUUGCGUUUCGAAAGAUUUCAACGCCAUGCCACGGGACGCCAAGGACGGCGACGACGACGAAGGCAAGAGCGGGGGCAGCGACCGAGAGAACGAGUGUGACGACGCCAAGAUGGUGUCUCCAGACAAUAUUGUAUCCAAGGUCGUCCAGUUCUUCUUUGAAGACGCUGCGUUUUCGCAGACGUUCGAGCAGUUUGCGGAGACGCAUGCGCCAAGCUUUGAUGCGUGCGCCGACGAAAUGCAGCUCGAGUACACGCACAUUUACAACACGUUCACCGCGCUCUUUGAAGAGAAGAUUGAAGCGUUCAUCGUGUCCCAGGGCUCGUCGGUCGCCGAGUUUUACGACCUUGUCAAGACUGCGCACGACCGCGACCCGGAGAGCACGCUCGCCGUCUACUCGCAAAUGCUUGUCGCCACGUGCGACUUUGAGGUGUUUGUGCGUAUGAUGCAGCGCACGCACGAGACGCAGCGGUAUCGCAAGUAGUGCUAGCGACAAUAAUUUCGCCUUCGGAAAGAUAGUUCACUCUCCUGUCCGACUAACGGUACUAGAGAAUAAGAACUUAGCUGGCCUG